UUCAUAAUGUGAGCCGGUCGCCUGUUAAUCUUGAAUUUGAUUUUUUUCUCUCAAUCUUAUCACAGUUGUGAAAAUGGCUGCCGUUGCAGAAGCGCUUUUCUCCCGGGCCUGUAAACUCUCUUUAACGCAGGCGAGAAGUGUACACAUUUCUGCAGCAUGCUCGGCCGCAGCAUCCCAGUCGAAACCGGUCAGGAACAAAAAGUUCGCCAUCUACAGAUGGAACCCGGACAAACCAGAGGAGAAGCCUCGCCUUCAGGAGUACACGGUUGACCUGAACAAAUGUGGCCCUAUGGUUCUUGAUGCUUUGAUCAAGAUCAAAAAUGAGAUGGAUCCAACACUGACGUUCAGAAGGUCAUGCCGAGAAGGGAUUUGCGGCUCAUGUGCCAUGAACAUUGGUGGUGUCAAUACCCUAGCUUGCAUUUGCAAAAUUGACAGCUCUGAUACAACGAAGAUAUACCCUUUACCUCAUAUGUACGUCGUCAAGGACUUAGUGCCAGACAUGAACAACUUCUACGAGCAGUACACCUCAAUCCAGCCGUAUCUGCAGACCAAAGACAACAAGCCUCCUGGUGUUUCCCAGCAUCUGCAAAGUGUUGAGGAUAGGAAGAAGCUUGAUGGCUUGUAUGAGUGUAUUUUAUGCGCAUGCUGCAGCACAUCCUGCCCUUCUUAUUGGUGGAACAGCGACAAGUACCUCGGCCCGGCUGUUCUUAUGCAGGCAUACAGGUGGGUGAUCGAUUCGAGAGAUGAAAUGACUCAGGAGCGGCUGGACAAGCUUAAAGAUCCUUUUUCAGUCUUUCGAUGCCAUACCAUCCUCAACUGUACUAAAACUUGCCCAAAGGGACUGAAUCCUGCCAAGGCGAUUGCCGAAAUGAAGAAGCUUAUCUCAGGGGUGCAAAAGAAAGACGCACCCAUGAUGAAGGCCCAGUAGGUCACGUGUCAUUUCAAUCUACAAGUAUUAACAAUUAGUCACUUCAGUUUGAAGAAUAAAUUCUAACAAAGUCGAUUCUUGUUUAGCUUUUUUUUUUGGUUUCUGUGGUGGUUGUAAAUAAAGCAAUAAAAUCUCAUAAACUAGCUCAAAGUGAGCCUUUGAUAAAUAAAUGAAAAAAUGACCCUGUU